UGUCUUCGGCACUUGACGUAUCGCACUCGAUGAGCGCAUAUGCAACGUUUCAUUCAUUCGCAGGGGUCCGAGCGGAGACGAGAUAUGCGAAGCGCCUGCCGCAGAGAAGCGGCUCACUCCGCGAUCACCAUCAAGAAGGAUCCCAUCAAGAAGGAAGCGUUGUUGAACGAGUCAGGGAGCUGCGGAAGAUCUCCCGUCGUCGAUUUCUUCGUUUCCGCUUGGGAGCGACAGCCGAAAAUGGACUAUGAUAUAAACAUCAUAAAGGAAGGCUACUCUUUGCUGAGCAAGGACGGUCGUACCAUGGUAGCGAACGGGACAUCCACCCUUGUACGUGGACCUGGCUUCAACAUCAUUGUCGAUACACUGUCUGCUUGGGACAGGGACUUCCUUGUGGACAGUCUCGCAAAGCUUGGGGUCUCCUGCGACGAAAUCAACUAUGUGGUGUGCACACACGGCCAUUCGGACCACAUUGGAAACCUGAACCUGUUUCAGAGGGCCACCCACAUCAUUGGCACCACAGUGUCCAGUGGUGAUGUGUACCAGCUGUGCACAUUUGAAAACGAUGAGCCUUAUAGGAUUGCGACUGACGUCCAAAUCAUUCCCACACCAGGCCACACACUGACUGAUGUCAGUGUCGUCGUCAAAACGGCAAAGCUGGGCACGGUGGCCAUAACAGGAGACCUGUUUGAGAAGGAGGAGGACAUUGACAACCCCAAGCUGUGGAAGGAGGUGGGAGGCAGUGAGGACCCACAGAAGCAGUGCAACAGUCGCCAGAUGAUCCUAGACGUAGCGGAUUACAUUAUCCCCGGACACGGUCCCAUGUUCAAGGUCACCGAAGAGAUGCGUGAAAAGCACGCAAGCCUCUUGGAGAGUCAUGGAUACGAGGACAGCAAUUGACGCUGUACUCCGUGUAGGAUGUUGUGUCCUUAGCCCAAUAUUCAACCUUAGUUCGUUAUCAUAAUUGACACCGUCUGUGAUGAUGAAUGUGAAGUGGCAGUCAUUGACUUGGGAAGUGUAAGCUUACAUGCCCGCCUUUGCAGAGAGCAAUUUUUAUGUGCGGGCUGACUGCGGAACAUACUUUUAUAGCAGUAUUAUUAGAAUAGUUUUGCAACGAGGUGUGACAGUUUUUUAUACGCGAUUAUAAUAGAUGCUAUAAUGAUUAGAUUGAAAAAGCUGCAGGGGAUGCUAAUGGCCCUUGCUAAUAAUAAAAAAAAAGUUAUCUUAUUGGGAUGCUGAUUUUUAAAAGGCUUUCUUAAAAUGUAAGACAGGUCCCUGAAGCAACGAGUAGCCUGCCAUUGACUUGCCCACUUGCAUAUCGUCCAACUCUAGGCUGCAGGUGUGUGUUGAAUUUCUAUAGUGAUGUAGCCGAGUAUGGUGUACCUCAUUUUUCAAACAUUUUAACGUUUGCAUGUAACAAGGAAUCUUCAUGCACUGUGAUUGUGUGUCUUUUACAUAGCAGUGCUCAGUUGUUCAGAUUCUGUUCUCGUAAUUGCUGUUUUAAGUUCAUUUUUGCAAGGAGUACCCAAGAAUGACUGGAACGUUCUUUACAGACAGUAAUGCUCUGUAGCACCUAAAAGCUUACAGCAUCAUUUGUAUGUAGCUUUAAGACAUUCUGCAUCAAUCUGGCAAGGGUUGUAGCUCAGUAUAAAGUUUUUUUCAUUUCUCUGCCAAAUGUGAAUGUAAUCUCAGAAAAUUUUUUCGCCUGCUGCACUCUGAAUUCUUCCUUGUAUGUGAAAGACAAACUUUGAAAACAUCUGAAACAAACAUCUGAAAACGAGCAAUAGUACAGUGUGAAUUGGUUGGCUUUUUAUUUAUGUAAUUAAAAGAAAAGCUUUUAUUAAUAAAAAACAAAAUUUGGUAUGUUCCUGAGACUUUGUCUGCUCAUAUGAAUCCAGUAAUAGAAGAUAGAGAAAAUGUAGGAGUCUUGAAAACACAAUUUCGUGUGUCCUCUCUGCUCAUUAUUAUUGCGCCUUUUAACAUGUGCAAGACACUUUAAGGAAUGCAAUGAACAGUGCAAAUUAUAGCUAGGGUCCAUUGACUGAUGUAGGAGACUUUCGCUGGCAAUACUUGCUGUUGCAGUUGAGAAACUUCACUGUGCACCUAGAUGAGUGAAAAACAUUGUAGGUAUCUAUCUGGGUGUCCCUUUGGCCUUCAAUGCUUUUGAAUUUGAAAUCGAUGUGAACGUUAAGUGCACUUGUAUGUCCACAGUUUUUUGUGAGCAGGAGUAAAUGCCAGCAUAGUGAACUUUGGGACCCUGCAAGUUUCACUUGGUGCUGUUGAAUAAUGUGCUGUAUGUUUAUUGAGGAGGUGUCUCCAACUAUUACUGUUAUUUUUUGUUUGUUUUGUAGAGGUCGGUUGAUAACAGUUUAUGUUUGUAGCAAGCAAAUUGUACAUUUGAGUGUGCAAAUAUUAUCUCGAACAUUUGCCUAAUGUUAUCUUGUAUACACGUGAAUCUGGAUAUAUCGGAACGCGAAAGGAUUGUGCAAUAUUAUAGACAAUCUGAAACUCGCAAGGUUCCUAUAUUAAGGUUAUCUAGAAACUCUACAAGUCUUGGACAGUGUCUCGAGAUUGUGAAAAGUGGGAAUUUACUGAUGUUUCUCCAAGGCUGUGUUGAAAGUGUAAAAGUUUAUUUCUUGCCUGAGGGCUCACGUCGACCUGAAGGUGAUUCCCUUGUUUAGCUAGCAUUCAUUGUAAUCUCGUUUCAGAUCUCAUAACUUCGUGUCUCUUUCUCAUUGUGUUUAUUGUUUGUUUAAAUAGCUUUCUUUUAUUUUUUAUUAACACAUGUUUUAAAAAUGGAGUCAGUGGAGCUUUGUAAAGUGCAUUGAGGUUCAUUUUUGCAUAUUAAAAACUUGGUCUCAUCUGAACAAAGAGUGCAUAGUUUGUAGUUUGUGUUUCUCAUUUCUGUUUAUUUCAUUUCCUCUACCAUUAUUAUAGUUUUUCUUUUGUCGUUUGUGUGUAAGAACUCACAGCAUUCGUAAUGUGCUCUAGCCUUGCUGCACUGUGGGUACAUAAUGCCUCAAACCUACUUUCGUAGUUUUUCACUAAUGAUCAUUUGCACAAAUCCACCAGGAGUUCUCAUUUGCUGUGGUGGUCUAUUUUCGUUGCUUUGUAGCACUCUUGCGCAAUAGCUCGGACCUACAGACGCCUCUGUUUCAUCUUGGUUGACGUGUGUCAUUCUAAUGGCAAGCACAUUGCCAGCCUAAUUCAAGUGCACUACCAUAAAGGAGCAGUAGCCUUGAACUCUCAUUUAAUAGUGACCACUUCAAUUAGCAUUAAAAAGACUUCUAUGUAUUCUAAAGAUAAACACUUAAAGGGACCGACAACCAAUUUUUAUGGUGCCUAUUUAGUGCAAUGGAAAGCUUACUGGUGAGAGUGUCUAAUCACGGAAUGGUAACGUGCAAAACGAUGUGAAACAUUUGUAAUCCGAAUUUUUCUGUCUGUGGCAAAUAUGAAGUCAUAUACACAAGUGACAACACAUGCUCCAAACUGUGAGUGUGAGAGGAGUUUGCGUUCGAGCGCGGCAGUUUACUGUGCAUGCAUGCCCUCGACAUGGUGCACUGGCUACCGCGAAGACAGCGCCGCUUCUCACCGUGCAACUCCUUUUACCUCAUAAGCAGCAUAAAAUAGAGCGGGGAUAGAUAAUAAUAUACAUACUCUAAUCUUCAGCACUAAUUAUGGCGCGCAUGACAGCAACAGACUACGUGACUACGCAUAGCAAGGUGAUCGACUCCAUAAUUCAGCUUCAAGGCUCUUCCGCUAGGCUACGCGACAUAACGGUUGUUCGUUACUAUUAAACACGAUUUAAAAAUAUGAAUCUUACUCGCAACGCGAAAAUGGUGCUGGAAUCUGUCACUAUAUUUCAGGCUGUUUUCAUUUCUACCAGGAUCUAAUCGCAUGUUCUGGCCAGUUGUCAGUCCCUUUAAGAAGUGAGUUUGAGAGAUUGUGAAAAUUUUUACUACCGCUAUAUCUUUGAUAAACUUACUAUGUGAGUUUGAUGACUAGGAAAUGCAAACAACAAAGCUUCAUUUUUAAAAAAUUUUCCACUGGCAACUUCAGUACGGCAUCAUGCAUUUCAAGGUAUUUCUUGCAUAUUUUGACUGUUGUGGCUCAGUGAAGCUGUUGGAACUUGCUAGGUGCAGCCUUUGGCUCCUAUAAAAUACAAUAUAAUCCACUUUUAUGGGGAAUAAGAUUAACUAGGCCUCAGCUGAUACUGCCAUAAUCCGUGAUUUAUGUGAGCUGGUGCAGAAGCCAAAUGACAAGUGUUGCCACCGAUCUUUCACUUUUACACCUUUCCUGGUUUACCAAGACUCUUCUAACUAUAAGGAUGACUUUUUUUGUAUACUAUAGAUACCCAGCUGACUAACAUAGGUCGGAUGUAGUUGAGACUAUUUUUCUCAUCAACAUCCUUUCAACUGAUUUAUAUUUACUGAGGGAUGAGGCUUUCUCCCAAAGUCUACCUAUUUCAUUUUUCCGAGCCAUACAAACCCAACUCAUUUACCACAACUUUUCGUCUAAUCCUCUGUUUCUGCUGACUGUACUUUCCUGUAAUGAUACCGAUACUGUUUUCGGUGUACCAGGAGCUAUAUAAUGUAAAUUGUACUUGACCUGCCCAACUUCUCUUUCUGAUCUCAGAUAGAAUAUAAUCUAAUUUGCUUUGUAACUUAUACUCAUCGCUAGCUCUUAGUGCUGUGCUGAUCAUAUAGCUUUUGUCGUUCAUCGCUCAUUGUGCAGUUCUGAGCUCCCCUUUUAUGUGUUAAGAUCCCACACUAUACUCUCUCCAAUCAGGAAGGCCUGUGUAGCAGAAUAGGUGACUGUCACUGUUGCGUACACCUUGCCAUUACUUCUAACAUCAAUAUGACCAACAACGUAUCGGGCAAAGCCUGAAAAUUUUUUGUUCUUGGGCGAGUUGUGGCGUUUCGUAGGGUUUUUGCACGAAAUGUCGCCAAGUUCAUUCUCUAACGGCUUUGUUUAAAUCCAAAGAUCUUUGGCUUUCUGUAGCAGGUCUGAUUGAAGUAGUCAUGCUUUGCAUUAUGUUGAGUGGAGGUCAAAGAGGUCAAAGAUCAAUGGACUGGGGGCCAAAGCCUGGAAAGGGAUCAAAAACUUUGUUCUGGCCUAUCCUGAACAAAGGCUAAGAAGCAUCUGCACUCAGAGCCUCAAUGACCACAUGCGCAUCACCUAUCACUAUUAUGAAAUACUAGGAAGCUUUCUUGUCAUUUCACUGCUGAUCAUUGUUGACUCCUCUCCCUUCUAGCCACCAUUGUAAUCAUAUGUAGUCGCGAGUUUUUCUGCCAGAGUCCCUAUUCCCUUCUUGGUGGGAGGGUGUCUGUUACAGUUCAGUGGGCCUUUGUAGUUUGGUUUUUCAUUCAAAGUAUAGCCUUACUGACCCUCCAUAGUUACUUUACAGUAUUUAACACAGCAAAUUUAUAUGCAAGCGAGUCGGUGAGCAAGAGUGUGGCUUGACACUUUCUAAAGCUCAUUUAUGUGGAUUUUAAGGGCUAAUUGCAUUUAGUAGUCAGCCAAAUGUUACGGCAUUGGUGUUUGCGUCAUAGGUACAGCAAAAUGAAUUGAGCCAGAAAGGUGAAGACAGAACAAAAUGUUUGCAGACUUCGUGAGCAGUGCAGUACAUAGCCUACAUUACCUUGCACACCUUAUGUUUGUGCAAGUAGGUCUCACUGUAAAAAUUUUAUGAAGGUACUAAACUUGAAAGCAUGUUUUGUAAUGAACAAAAUAAUUCAGUUGGGUUUAUCAUCUAAUCACACACAAAGCGGAAUGGCAUGUCAACAUUCCACAUCGCCAAACAGCAACUUAUCUGGUCGGUUGCUUCCGGGGCUUGCUUUCUGCUGUCGAUGAUGCCAAUGCUAGUGGCUUAGCUUGAGAGAGCUAGAGGCAUGUGUGGAUGAGAGUUUUUACUUAGCAAUAUGUUCCUGACUCUGCCUUAUCUGAGUUUGUAGCACCUUGGUGCAGUUGCGUUUUUUCUGUAGUUGCAGCCAAGUGUACACCGUGUGAUUUCUUGCAGAGUCUGGAUUUCUUGUGGUUUCUUGCGUGCAAUGAACUUUGAACGAGCUUUUGCAAAAGAGCUCAUAGCAUGUGUUUACUUGGUAACCACGUUGCAGUCUACUCAGCUUAUGUACUGUAGUGCUGUUGUAAGCACUUGUCUCUCGUGUUCCUCUCUUGCUGAGUACCUUUCAUUCUACAGGCUAGUCGAGGAUUUAUAUUCGAGUAACAAAUCUUGUUUAUCUCUUUGUAUAUAGUAUCACACUAACUUAUCAGAAGGUAAGACCCCUUUGUCGCACUUAAUUACUAAUUAAGUGGCAGUGAUUUAGUGGGUAUAGGUCUGUCUGCAUUUUGAUGAUGGUACAUAGUUAACGAAUGACACCUGUGCUUGCUUUUCUUGCAAGUACAGCACUGCGUUUUGCUGUGGGAAGGUCGGUUGCUAAGCAUCCUUUCUGAGGAUUGCGCUAGGCUUGUUUACACAGUGUAGAGAUGCCGCAAGGGAUUUUGCAGGAUUUUAUUCAAGAUAUUUGUGCAAGUAUUUUUGCAUUUUUGUAGCAUUUUGUAACUGCGUUUUGCAAGAAAAGGAAUAUGCAAGACAUGCUCACUGAAUUGAUGCUGCCUCUGAUCUUUGAGUCAUUAUUUGUGACGACUGUAAUUACAACCUUGUACCCUUAAUAAAAAUAUAUUGUCAGUGAGUGACUCA